UUGGACUGAACCGGGCCGGAGGCAGGCACGAGCUCGGCACAGAAUACCGGGACCGUUACUGGUAUAGAAACUGCGAGUAAUAAAGAAAUCAUUCCUAAUUGAAUCAGAAAGUGUAAUAAGUUUAAGUAGUGAUCGAAUCAGUGAUGACUUCCCAUGAUGAUCGGCAAUAAUAGGCGCAUCGACGCAGACGGAAUGGAUUCGAAGCUCCGGUGAGGUCGUGACAACUUCUGGCUCAUCUUCACUGAUUGCUGUGAUUGCUGGGUGCAGCGGAGCUUUACCCCGUCGACCUGCACCAUUGCUCAAGGGCAGGUACACAAAGAUUCUAAGCUGCAGUUCCUUCACCUGCCCAACCAUCAUUCUAGCCAUUACAGAUGGUCUAUCCGCAAUGAAUGAGUAAUUGUUCUGUUUCGAGCGCUUUGGAACGGUCACCACUCAGUUGAUCCCGCGAAACCUCCAGCACACGUUCCAUCCACAGACCCAGAAGAGAGUAUCGAAUCGAGUGAAUUAACGUUUUACGCUAAUCACAUCUAAUUAACGCGAACGGUUCGCCGGACCCUCUCAACUGUGAUAAAAUGAAAUAACGUUUUUAUGGUGUCAUAAAUGGUGAUCCGAGUGCAAGUGAUAUUCUAGCUAACGCGGACUAGUUAACGGCGAAGUGAUCCUCAGCGGGACUAUGGCUUUCACCAGGGACGGAUAUCGCGGAUUUAAAAUUCAGCUCAAGAUCUACCACACGCUCGUGAUAUUUCUAAUUUUUUUGAUAAUUUUCACGCAAUUUUCCGAUAACGACGGCAAGGAAUGUGGAUCGAAGGACAUUCGAAACCGACCAGACUCCCUGGCUGACCUGGAGGAUUGUACAGUUAUCAAAGGAUCUCUCAUAAUUGUGCUGAUGACUGACUCGAAUUGGACUGCGGCUGACUUUGAUAAGUAUUCGUUCCCGAAAUUAAGGGAAAUCACGGAAUUUAUGAUAGUUUACCAAGUCUACUACCUCAAAACGUUGAGACAAUUGUUUCCUAAUUUAGUGGUCAUCAGAGGAGAGAAACUGUUCCUGAAUUACGCCCUCGCGAUAGACGAUGUCCCCCAUUUAAGUGAUAUUGGCUUGAUAUCAUUAGUGUCCAUACAACGAGGUCAUAUCUACAUUAAUCGAUGUCCAAUACUUUGCUUUGUGAAUACGAUUGAUUGGUUUAGUAUAACCACAUCGUAUGGAACUCAUGUUAUCAAGCAACAGGACAAUAAUACAUGCCCCACGAGGGCCUCCUGCCGCGGUUGCAAAGAUGAUCGUUGCUGGUCAAGCAAAGAUUGCCAGAAGUUCAAAGAUGAUAAUUUAUUACGUAUGAUGAGCACCAUAAAAUGCCACCCCUUGUGUCUGGGUGGCUGUAGAAACUCAAGUGCGGCAGGUUGCAAUGUCUGCAAGGGAAUAUCUGACCUUGGAGUAUGCGUUGAAAAAUGCCCCAGUAAUAAAGUGCUAAUCCCUGAAUAUUUUCGAUGUUAUUCACGUGAAGACUGCAGGAGAUUCGGGCGAAUUAUUUACCAAAAUGAAUGUCUCCUUUCGUGUCCAGCAGGAUUUAGUACAACAGAUUUCUCAACUGGCGAAAUCUCCCAAACUGAGUGCUUCCCUUGUAGGGACCAACAAUGCCCGAAAAUAUGCGAGCCUAAUGCAGUCCAACACUUGUCAGAUGCUGAACGACUAAAAGGGUGUACCAUAAUCAAUGGAACGUUGCAAAUUCAUAUAACGAAUCGCAUCAGCGAGAAGGAACUUCAACAGCACCUGUCGUCUAUUGAAGAAAUUUACGGACUUCUAAAAAUUUAUAGGACACCUUUAAUUACAUCCCUUUCAUUUCUUCGAGGGCUGAAGAAAAUUCAUGGCCAAGAGUUAGAAUACAAUAAGUUUUCCUUAGUUAUUUAUUAUAAUCAAAAUUUAGUUGAUUUGUGGCCUAGGAGUAAGGGAAGCUAUCUAACUCUGGUAAAUGGAGGAAUGUUCAUUCAUUCCAAUUAUAAAUUGUGCUUUUUGAAAAUUCGUGAAUUUCAAAAUGAGACGCUGCACAAUCGGACCUUAGAUUACCUGCCAAAAACAGAUGAAGAACCGGCAUGUAACCCCAUCAAGUUGGAGACAAGCUUCAAGGUACUGGGGAUCGAUAGCGUGACAAUCCGUUGGAAGGAAUUGGAUAACACGUUGGUCAAUGGGACAGAGUAUAUCCUGUUCUACACGGACGUCCCAUUGAGUAAUAAAUCACAAACCAAAAAUGAGGAUGUUUGCUAUGAAAACAUGUUGGAAUGUUCCAGAGACGUUUGGAAAACCCAACUAAUCCUGCAAAAGGACUUGCAGCGCAGUGGAGAGCACUUCAUCUAUAACUUGACGAACUUAAAGCAGUACACUCAAUAUGCGUUCUAUGUAAAGACCUACCGAAUCAAGGAAAAGGAUGACAACUUCACGAGUAGCGAAUCGGAUAUUCAGUAUUUCACAACAGAAGCUCCUGUGCCCUCUGAGCAAAACAUAACGACCUCUGGAAAAACUGCUGACAGUCUGACAUUGACUUGGCUUCCGCGUUUGGAUAAGCAUGAACGGAUCGAUUACUAUAUCAUCGACUUGUUUUAUGAACCCGAUAAAAAAGAGAUCCUUGACUUGCGCGACUAUUGUGUCGACCAGUUUGAGCAUGAUCAAGCAGAAGCAAAUGCCAGUUGUGGUUGCCUUAACGAUGAGUCCUCCCAUCAAGAUGAUUUCAACUUCCAGACAAAAUUGGGGGAGAGUUUUCAUUGUUUCGACAUUGAGGAUGAAGAUUGUAAACAUAGUCGAUAUUCCAAUCGCUAUAAACAUGAAACGGGUAGUGGCGAACACAGUGGAAACUAUGAGGACCUGGAAAGUUGGCCUGCUCCCAAUUCAGAGACAUUUGUCAAGUCGAUGCUGUUUAAGAGCGAACAGAAGACAUACACGAUAACCGGCCUGGAACCAUUCCGGCUUUACAUAAUUCACUUCUAUGCCUGCAAUAAUAUAACCAGAUGUGGACCGUAUACCCUUCACAGUGAUCGCACUCAAAGUGAUCCUGAGAGAGAUCGUGUAUUUAUGAAGAUUGAUGUAUCCAGCGAGACUCAUCAACCGCAAUUGGAGUUUGAUGAGCCAAAGCAACCAAAUGGACUCACUGUAGCCUACAACAUCAAUUUGAAAGACCCAACAUGUGAUAAGGAGUCAUGUGUGGACUUCAUUUGCAUCACACGCUUAGAGCACGAAUCAGCCCAUUUUCGUUACGUACUGAAUUUGGACCGGGGAGUCUAUGAGGUUCGGGUACGAUCUGUGUCACUUGCAGGACCGGGGCCAUAUUCAGAUUGGGUUGAAUUAAGCUUGGCUAAGCAACAGACUGAAUUUAAGACAAUCAGUUGGGUGUGGUAUCUUGUGGUCAUUAUUGGAGCGAUAGUUAGUCUGUACCUAUUUGUACGAUGGCGAAAAAGGGCUGAAAGGAUUCCUGCCAGCGCUCUUAUUCGGUAUAGGAACACAGAUAGAGAUGAGCUGCUUGUGGAUUUUGAAUGAGUGUUGUUUUUUUUUCUAUGGAAAAAACUAGAUAAGUACAUUAUCAAUUUAUAAUUACUUUUUAAUGGAUAGAUUUACUGUUUAAGAUGAUGUUAUAGAUAUGUUUUUAGAGUCAAUAAAAAUAUUUUGUUUAGAAGUA